AUGGGCAAAAAGUUGAUUGGGUUUAUAUUAGCACUUGCAUCAGGUUGUUUCAUUGGUGCAAGUUUUGUGGUUAAAAAAAAAGGACUUUUGGAUACAACGCGUAAUAAAGGACUUGCAGCAGGACAAGGACAUGCAUAUCUCAAGAAUGGGAUUUGGUGGACGGGGAUGCUGAUGUGUGCGUGUGAAGGAAUGAGAAGACAUUGGCUGAUAUGGAUAGUGGCGAUUGGAGAACUGUUUAAUUUUGUGGCAUAUGCGUUUGCAAGUGCAAUUCUUGUAACACCGUUGGGUGCAAUGAGUAUUGUUGUGAGUGCAAUUGGAUCGAGUAUUUUUCUUAAGGAGCGUCUUUCAUUUGUAGGCAAAGUUGGAUGUGCGUUUUGUAUGGUUGGGGUUUGUAUUAUUGUGAUUAAUGCGCCAGAACAACAGUUGGCGCAGACGGUUCAAGAAAUUAUGAAAUAUAUUAUUUCACGUCUUUUUCUAAUUUAUACACUUGUUAUUUUUUUUAUAUGUGCUGUUAUCGCAUUGUGGAUUGGUCCUCGUUGGGGAGAUAAGAGUAUUUUUGUAUAUAUAUCUAUUCCUUCGCUUAUUGGAGGUAUUACAGUUGUUUGCACUCAGGGUUUCGGUAUUUCGAUUGUAAGUGCAAUUUCUGGUGUACCAAAUCAAUGGAAUCAUUGGUUUUUGUAUUUUCUUGGUCUUUGUGUUAUUUUGAUGAUUUUUAUUGAAAUCAAUUACUUAAAUAAAGCAUUAAAUAUAUUUAAUACUGCUAUUGUUACUCCUGUAUAUUUUACUUAUUUCACGACAUGUACGAUUGUUUCAACAGCUGUAUUAUAUAGAGGUUUUAAUGGAACAUCUAUUGCAGUUGCAACUGUGUUUCUUGGUUUUUUAACUAUUGUUGGUGGUGUUUUGCUUCUUCAAUUUUCUAUUGGUGCUGAUAAUACGUCCGAUACUGACAUGUUGUCGGGGGAUUUAUCCAAUGUUCAAAAAGCAGCGGAUGCUGAGACAGACGCUGAUGUUUUGGAUCCUGGGCCAGCUGCCAUUAGAGGGACUUUUACUUUUAAGCAAGUGGAUCGGAAAUUUAGUCAAAAUAGUUCAAAUAAUUUUAUGAAACGCAUAAGUUAUUCAUCAGUUGAUUUUCAAAAAUUUUCUUCUACUUCUCGUACCUUUAUGUCUGAAGGGUCUGUCGAAUUAGGAAAAAUGAAAAAAAGUAGUGUUGACAAAACAGCUAAUUUAUCUGAAAGUUCAAAUAAUGAAAAAGUAACAUCUUUAAGGAGAAAUGCUAUUGUUUCCUUAUAG